AUCGCACUCUUUGAAAAAUGGUUGUAAUAAUACGGGGCCUUGUUUUUACCAUAUGGACGCUCUCGAUGACAACGAAUGGAUUAAGUCCCCCUGAUUUUGUGAGUUCCUGGACAUCCAUUACAGCCUACUCAAAUCCUGAGGUCACCAUCACCCACGGUUUCGGAGAAAUGCCGAUGAAGUUGGACGUCUUUGUCCGUGUGACUCACCCAGUUCACGGAACGGUCACUUUCCCGGCCACUGGCUCGGGACAGACCAGUGACGAUCCUUCAAAACCUUUCGGGGGAGUGAUUUACCUGUACAACACAAAUUCUGUCAAAAUAAUGGCCCCUGGACCAUCCUCCUGUUCGUCACCUUGUUCUGGGGGCGUGGCAUACUUUGGCGAUUCCGGAUUUUCUGGUCCCUCCUCGACCUCUGGGGUGAUAGUAUCUGGUGAAGUCAUGGUUCGCGCCUGGAAAACAUGCACGUUUGUCAAACCAGCAACUAUUUCAGCUGCAUACCCUCUGAGUAAUGCAGGAAACAAUUACUAUCAGAUUCCUAUUGGAUCGGCUCCUGAUCUAGUUCUUGUAAAGGCAUUUUUCGACGACGGAUGGAUCAUGGAUGCCCAAGGGACAGUUUCUUUGACGGAGGGUUCGAACGUGGGUGGAGUACAGUACGUGUUUGAUGUGUUUAACGCAUACGUCAGAACCCCGAAAGAUGGAAAGAUGUUUAACGGUAUUAACUGGGGAAGUGCUGGUGAUCUGGAGUACAUUAAUGGAAGUGUCAGGGUUUACACGUGGUCGUUCCAGAGCCUAGAAUACGACCCCAAUCUGUUGACCAGUUCCUAUUCCGGCUCAACAGAUCCUGUCACAAAGACAUUGACUUAUGAUGUCCAUAACAGCUCCAUCAUCAUGAUGGUUCACGCAUCCUCCAGAGACCCAAAUCACUACGGCCUGACGUUCCCGGUCUCUGGGACAGCCAUGACGGACGGGGGCGGGGUCACCGGGAAAUAUGGGUCCCUCUUCUAUGCCUAUGAUAACAAUAAUCAAAUCUUCUUCUGGAAGCCUUCUUCUGGAACGGGGUGUCACACGAUGAUAGGUGGGGCCUGGUCUGACCACUUGCUGGACGGAACAACAGACUGUUCCACCUUACCGAAUAUUGAAGUUCUGUUCCUGCAAGCUACUAUUGAUGAGCUUCCUUGCGAGGAGAAGGGCUGUUCCGGAACUCCGGCCGGGCCGUUCUGUGAUUGUGCCGGGACAGGGAUGGAGGGCCAAUACUGUUCGUCACGAGUUGCAUGUCCACCUUUAAUUUUUGGGGUUGACGCCAUCUUUGCCACUUUUAUUGACAUGGAAUACAAGUUUCAGGAUUCUGUGGUGUUUGAAUGUAUGGUGGGAUUCGAAUUUAGCUCGGGAUCGGACAAUAGGACAUGUCAAGCUAAUGCUACCUGGAGUGGAGCCCCGUACACUUGUACCCCUGUGCCCUGUCCAGAUGUAGACCCUCCAAUCCUGGGAGUUAUAAAUGGUACAUAUAACAAAUGGUUCGGAGAAGAAGUCACGUUUGAAUGUAAUCCUGGGCAUGAUGUCCUGUCUGGGGACUUGAACCGCACGUGUCAGGCAAACCAGACCUGGACCGGAACCCGGCUGGAAUGCGCCUUGAGUUGUGGGGAUCCGGACCCUCUGCCGUACAAUGCUCACCAAACAAACUUUGGAAACACGUACGGCGUGGUGGCCACUUACGCCUGUGACCAAGGACACGAGUACAGCUCGGGGGACACCGCCAUGCUGUGUCAGACCACUGGCCAAUGGAACGGCACAGCUCUCAACUGUUCCAGGGUACACUGUGGAUGGCCUGCCAACGGAACUAAUACAAAUAUGACGAUUACAGGAACACAGUAUCAGGACAAAGUCUUUUACCAUUGCUUUCCAGGAUACGAAUAUUACAACAUAUACAAUACAUUGUACUACGAGACAUUUCCUCGACAAUGUCUACACACUGCAGUUUGGCAGCCGCCGAUUGAUUGCCAAAAGAAAGUAUGUGGAGACCCUGGCACGCCCGUGAGAGCUGCGCUGGAUCAUGCUAACAGUAACGUAGGAAAUUACGAGUUUAUGUCUAUCCAGCGCUACAACUGUUACACCGGAUAUGAGGUCAUUUCCGGUAGUCUGCAGAUUGAGUGUACAGAGUUUGGAACUUGGAAUGACACUGUUCCUAUUUGUGAUAUAAGAAAAUGCACACAUUUUGGCAAUGUGACCAACGGUUUCGUGUACUACCAAGGCCUUGAGUACUUGAACCAUGCCGUUACCGUGUGUGAUCCUGGGUAUGCGUUAUUUUCCGGUGACGCCAUGCGCAUGUGUGACGCAAAUGGAUAUUGGACGGGUAAUGCCCCAGUGUGUCAAGAAGUAAGAGUUAUAUAUUUCAUUGAUCCAUUUGACCUGAACUACACUUUGCCAAGUAUAUUGGAGUUAGAGGAGCUAAAAAAUACGGUUAAGAUAGACCCCAAAAAUACGUCAUCGUACAUGAGGUCUCUAAAGUCCCAAAAUGAUCCACGGCCGAGUGCAAUGGCGAUCGGUGUGUCGGGACUCCUCAUUAUACUAGGAAUCUGCGCAUAUAUCUGCUCACUGGAUCUAAUCAGUCACGUAAGAGAAAAUGGUAAGGUGAAAGUAACCCAGGGUAUGCCAAAAAACAACACGAACGUCGUGGCUGAGAACGGAUCGAGCGAUAAGUUCGCCAAAAAGGGCAAGAAAAGGGACCAGGGUUCAGCAAUGUCCGUGGAAGACACUCCGCACGUCUAUGCAUGACAGAAUACAACAUACGGCACAAAAAGGAUUGUUUUUUUUUUUAAUAUUUAUGACUUGUACGUGAAGUAAGACUUUUGAAUUACCAAUUUUUGACUAUCCUCUAGUCCUGUGACACUGUUAUGUUUACAUAUAUCUCUAUUUUGAAGUACCUACGUUGAUACAUUACUUUCAUCAAAAGAGCCUGCUAACCAUUUCAUUAUUUCUGUGACAUAAAUGUACAUGUAUGUCUAAACAUUCUGAGUAUCUUAUUCUAUGCGUAAUGAACAUUUGUGGGAUCAGAUCUCACCGUAACCAACUUUUCUCAAGUCAAUACUCAGCCUCAAGUCUGAGUUUUGACCUCAAAUUAAUGCACCUUUCUUUUAAGGAUUUGAGUUGAGAAUUGAGUUGAGUACUUUAAGAUUUUGGUGACGACAGGGCCAGAUUCGCCAUGAUCAAAUGUAACUCACAUGUACAAAAGACGUAUCGGAUAUCAGCACCGAAUCCUUCGGACACAUCACCAAUCGCUACUUCUCCGGCCAUUCGGAUACUACAGCUCUGUCGAAAGGUCCGAGAAGGCAUGAAUGACUCCACCGCAGACUCUUUGGGCAUUGAUACUCCCACCACUUAAUUUUGUUA